GGUCCAUUAAAACACGGAGCAGGUUGCUCUUCCACACUAGAGCUCGUCGUCUUGCUCUUGCACACAGCCUUAUUGUGAUCAGGACAGUUUGGACACAACCAUGCAGACAGUUUAUGUUGUUUUUUGUCUGUCUGUUGUUUCUGCUGUACAGUGCCUGGAUUCCAACAUUAUCCGCUCCUCCAGAGAAAUGACAAACUCUCAAGAGUCAGUAUUGCAGCCACAGAGUGACACAGUUGCAAAUUCCCACAAUUAUGUUAGAAGAACCUCAGCUGUGCAGGGAAUCAGAGAAGCUACGCCUCCUGCGCACGACUGUACCACUGCACAAGCAGCUGAAUGCAAAGGCUCAAAGAAAAAACAGCACAAUGCUGCCAAGACAAAGAUUCAGUUGGAUGUGCAAGGAAGUCAAAAAGUGCCCGAGAUGUCACCGUGCGUGCGCUCGCGCGACUGUGAAGAGGGUCUGUGCUGCGCGCUCUACUUGACGGGAAGGAGAUGUCAGCGCGUCCCCGCGUUGGGCGAGGUUUGCUUGCUGCGGGGACGCGCCAAAUUCCGCCGGAGACUGGAGCGCUGCGACUGCGAGAAGAGUCUGCACUGCCGCGCGCAGCCCGACAGUCCUCGCGGACAGGGAGUGUGUCAGCCCGACCCGAGGAGCUAACCCCAGAGAAACCGGAUCAAAAAGACACAUCAAGGCAUAUGUUUAAAGCAUUUCUGAAGCGAGCUAGGAUAACGAGGCUGUUCUAAAUAAAGUUGUUUCUAUAAUU